GAUUAAUUAUAAUCGAGAACAAACUUGAACCCUGAUCUACGUAUUGCACAGUAGUAUGCGCCCGGAGGGUAUGAGCGCACGCACGCACGCACACCGACCGGCCACCGGCACCACGUAGCUAACGCGCGCGCGCACGUACACACCACCGGUGCACCAGCGUCCGCCGCCGCGGCGUGGUGGUAACCAUUGCCGACGGCGUCUGCACGAAAAUCAAUUUAGCGUGGUAUAGAGACUCUGGCAUCGAAUGUGAGUUGCAGCUCCAUGCUAGAGCAGUAAUGCCGACUGAAGAACAACACUUUGAGGUGGAAAACUGUUCUUCUAACGCCACUCACCAUGGUGGUGCGCAUUCAGCGCACACAUCUCCUGGGACGGUGCUGUUUCUCUUUGCAGCAUUCGCAGUAGGCGCACUUGUGCGACAUGUGUUGAAGCGAACACCAAUUCCCUACACUGUGCUUUUGAUGGUGGUAGGCCUUAUCAUUGGAGCUCUUUCAGAAAUCGAAGUUAUGUCUUUUCUUCAAGAGUACACCAAACUUGCCUCGAUCGACCCACACCUCAUGCUGUUCAUUUUCCUUCCAACACUCAUCUUUGAGUCUGCAUUUGUCAUGGAUGUGCACACGUUUCGCAAGACCAUUGGUCAGGCGGUG